GGCGCAUAUGGAGCCGGCGGGGUCGCCAGCUGAUGACGGCGGAGUCGCCAUCGUGAGUUGCUGUUGUGUGCUGGGGUGGCGCCAUACGCCGUCCGGGGCGACAUCGGGCCUGGGACUCCGGCAGAGACGGUUUUGAGGCAGCUUUUCCCGUUCUCUCAAGACAUUUGUGCUACUGGCAAUCACCACAUUGAACUUGGAUGAUCUGCUUUCCCUCCUGGUUUCCUGAGCUCAAGGGGAGCACAGAGACAAUGGAGGAAGAGGAGGGCACGCACUGUGGCUGGUGGGAAGGAAGCAGCUUCGUGGACAAUAUUGACAUGACCAAGGUUUGAUCUCAACCCAAGGAGCUGAAUUUUGGUAUUCUGUGGGAAGGUGACUCGGAAGAAUAUCAGAGAUGAGUAGAGAUUAGGGGACCACCAUUUCUCAGGGCUGUCCAGUGUGGAAACUGUCCAGCAGGUCCUAACUGUGGUUCUGAAUCAGAGUCUCCUGAGCAGCUUUUCUUUUCUUUUCUUUACCAGUUCAGAUGUCCUGGUGGUAUUCCCAGAGAUUCCAAUUCAGUAGAUCUGGGGUGAGGACCAACCAUGUGUAUGUGUUUUAAAAAAGCCACAAGUUAUUGAGGUACAGCCUGCAUUGAAAAAGCAUAAAAUUUGGAUUUGGAAAACUAGUUGUGACUUUGGGCAGUGAGUCUGUUUCCUCUUCCACACACUGGGGAAUUCUACAGGAACGUGAGAAUCAAAUAAUACGUGGAGAAAGUGCUUUGUACAUACUGACACAAAGCACAGACACAUUUGCUCUUCCACAUCAGCUGCCAGCCUACUAAAUGCAAGUUUAAUUGGAAAGGACUUGACUUCCUUUGGUUUUGUCAACUGUGUCCCUAUGGUUCUAGCUGAGCCCCAGGAAGAAGAGGAGGAAGACAGUUGAGGGAAGAGAAAGGAAUAUGCAGUUGCCUCUGGGAAGGAUUAAACAGGAUAUGCCCUUUAGACCAGCAGUUUAAAACAUUUUCCCCAAUAAGGAUCCCUCUUAUCUUUCCUUAAUAGAUUAAUGUCUUUAAAUUUCAUUAUAACAUUUCCCUAGUUUUUGUGAAAUUGCCAGCCAGAGUAGCAGCUUGGAAUAACCACAAAGAGGGAAAACAUAUGCCUGCAUAUGUGUCAAAUGUUUUAGGAAAGAUAGUCAAGAAAUUUAGGGUCCUAAAUUGUAGGAGGCCUACAAAAGGGGAUAGAAUGAAAGUAUUACUUGAGGUUUUAAUCCUGUGCAUAGAUUACUGUUUCAGGUCUUUAAAAAAAAUCACCCCUGGUUAAUUAUGAAAAGCAGAGGCUUCCUGGGUCCUUACAGAUUGUUUGAGCUCUGGGCAGGUGGACAUGGGGUCUUGUUUACUGAGAGCCCCAGUGCCUAAAGCACAGCCUGCACACUGGAGGUGCUCAGGGAAUGUUUGUUAAAUGAAUGAAUGGAAGCCCAGCUAGAGAGCAACUUGGAUAAUGGCAACAAGUCUGUAACAUUAAUAUCAUACAGCCACUCAAGGGAUAAUUAUGAACAAGUAGAAAUGGAACAUUUUUAGAUACAUGAAAUGAGUAAACACUAUGAUUGCAAUAAUGCAAAACAUUCACAUAUUGCCUGUAUAUGAGUAAAGUCAUGAAAAGGGGAAGAUCAGACCCUCACUGGUCACCCAUAGUCCUGAAUAUUUUAAAGCGCCUCAAAUGAGCAUUCAAAAUGGGCCAAAAAGAAAUAGAGAAAGUAAUUAAUCUUAAAAGAGAAGUUCAAUGGAUGGUCAGCUAAUUGGACCUGUAUAAUUAGGUUUGCUCUAGCUUAUCAAGACUCAGAGUAAAACCAUGAUAUUCUUAAGAUGUGCAUUUCUAGCUAACAUGAAUUUUCUGUUAUCAUUUUGCUUCUCUGUGAAGGGUUUUCAGAAUGGCUGCAGCUCCUCAAGCCCCAGGGAGGGGAUCUGUUCGUAAAACAAGACCUUUAACUGUGAAGACAUCUUUGAACAAUCCAUACACUAUCUGCUGGAGUGCUCUGGAGAGAGAGGAUAUGCACUUCAUAUUGCAGACGCUUGAAGACAGGUUUAAGUCUAUCGGACUUAAGAAGAUUGAGGAUAAGAAGAAAAAGAAAAAAACACCUUUCUUAAAAAAAGAAAGGGAAAAAUGCAGCAUAGAUGUUGAUGUUAGUGAGGACCUGAAGGAGACAAAACCAGAUGCCAACCAGCAGGUGUCGGGGUGGAUGCCUGUGCACGUCAGGAAGCAGCUCGCCAUUGGUGUUAAUGAAGUCACCAGAGCCCUGGAAAGAAGUGACCUGCUUUUAGUUCUCGUGUGUAAGUCGGUCAAGCCCGCCAUCAUCACCUCACACUUGAUUCAGCUGAGUUUAAGCAGAACGGUUCCCGCUUGUCAGGUCCCCAGGCUCAGUGAGAGAAUCGCCCCUGUCAUUGGCUUAAAAUGCAUUCUAGCCUUGGGAUUCAAAAAGAACACCACUGACUUUGUUGACGAAGUAAGAGCCAUCACGCCCAGAGUACCCAGUUUAAGUGUCCCGUGGCUUCAAGAUGGAAUUGACGAUUCCAGGGAAAAUUUAGAGAACGAAUCUUUGGAAAGCCAAGACAAAGAGAUUUUGGACACUUCAUUUGAAGAUCUCUCAAAACAUAAGAGGAAGUUUGUUGAUGGGAAGACUUCUGCUGUAGCACUACAACCCCUGAAAAUAAAGAAACUGAUCCCAAACCCCAAUAAGAUAAGGAAAUCAUCCAAAAGUAAAAAAACUUCUUCAAAGUGAUCUUGUAUAAACUUGUAAUUUCAUAUAAUUUUUUAAAAGGACACCUUGUAAAGAAGCCUUCAAACUAAUAAAAUGAAUUAUAUUUACAUA